UGUUUCCAGGUGUUGCAGGGGGUCCCUUAGGCCAGGCGUGAAAACUGGAGCCUGGGGGUUAGUCCUGGGGCGGAGAUGAAGGCACGCUGGGCCAGGCCCCGCCGACUUCCCUCUUGCACUCAGCUUUCCAACGCCGAUCCGAGCGGGGUGGGCGGUGUCGCGGGCGUGAUGUCAUCGCUAGGCGUCGCGCACAUCCCGAAGGAGCCUUGACCUCUUCGCGUGGGGAGCUGCGCCGCAAUGCUGCAGCUAGUACGGGCUGGGGCGCGGGCCUGGCUUAGGCCCACGGGCUGCCGGGGCUUGAACGCGCUGGCGGAAGAGGCAGUACCCCAGGCGGCGAAGCCAGAGUCAGUAGCCAGCGCGGGUCCCCAGGUGCCCGUGCUGCGCAGGUGCGAGCUCCCGGUACCCGCGCCCCGGCGUCCGGUGCAGGCCUGGGUGGAGUCACUGCGCGGCUACGAGCAGGAGCGCGUGGGUCUGGCCGAGCUGCACCCCGAAGUUUUCUCCACAGCGCCCAGGUUGGAUAUCCUGCACCAGGUUGCCAUAUGGCAGAAGAACUUUAAGAGAAUUAGCUAUGCCAAGACCAAGACUAGGGCCGAGGUGCAGGGUGGAGGCCGGAAGCCUUGGCCACAGAAAGGCAGUGGGCGUUCCAGGCAUGGCAGCAUCCGCUCCCCAAUCUGGCGAGGAGGAGGCAUUGCCCACGGCCCCCGGGGCCCCACGAGCUACUACUACAUGCUGCCCAUGAAGGUGCGGGUGCGGGGCCUCAAGGUGGCGCUGACGGUCAAGCUGGCCCAGGAUGACCUGCACAUUGUCGACUCCCUGGAGCUGCCGACCUCCGACCCCCAGUACCUGACCGAGCUGGCCCGCUACCGCCGCUGGGGGGACUCUGUGCUCCUUGUAGACUUAGCGCACGAGGACAUGCCUCAGAACGCCAUAGCAGCCGUCUCCGGCCUCAAGACCUUCAACCUGAUCCCGGCUGUCGGCCUGAACGCGUACAGCAUGCUCAAACACCAGACCCUGGUCCUGACCCUGCAGACCAUCGCCUUCCUGGAGGAGAAGCUGCUCUGGCACGACUCGCGCUACACGCCCCUCUACCCCUUCCGCCUGCCCUACCGCGACUUUCCCUGAGCCCCGGUCCUCCGCCCUUUGGGGCCCGGCAGCCUCGUGCCCGCCCUGUGGGGGGCAGAGCGGCACGGCCCAGACCCCGUCAUCCCAAUGCGGCUGCGCACAGAGCGGCCAAGCACCGAACUCUGGCCCCAAUUUUCGCUUUCAUUUUUAAGAUGAAUCUUAUUUUUUAAUCAAAAAAGAGAAACAGAACAGCUCAUUGCCAUUUUGUAAAUAAAUCCACUUGGCAAGUCAAGCUCUUCCUCAGUGCUAGGUGCUGCUGGGUACCUCCGUCCUCAGGGGGCAGCCUCAGGGCUGUUUACAGCAGUGACCCACACUCAGCUCCGGUAGGACGAGAGGGGCUCCAGGAGCGCGCAGAGGAGGGCCCAGCUGUCCGUAGGAACCAGCUCCCAGUGCCUCCCCACUGCCCAGCACUGGACCCGAGAAUGCACAUCCCGGUUUGAUUCUACAAAUAGGAAGUGUAAACCUGAGCUUUCAUCAUCAUGACUUCCCCUAAGCAGAGUCUGAAUCCCUGUGGUCAAUAAAUGAGCAAAUAAACACAUUUUUUUAAGAACACCGAACUGGUAUCCUAAUUCUGGAGUCCACUGCUUUUGUCUGCUCCCCAAGCUAAUUUUUUUGUAACAGUCCUGAUGCAGACUAUAAUGUGUUCAGUUUCCUUAAAGUCAGCCAGAACUGACAUCUGCGUGUGUCCGUUUAGCCAAGGCCAGGGGGCCACAGUGACCACCCAUGGGCUAGGCUGCUCCUUGCCAAAAACAUGUCUGGAAUGCAUCUCUGGGGAGUGCCUUCAGAGCUCACAGCACAUUCUUUGAAAAUCCUCAUGGAUAUAAACUUUGAUCCUUAAAGCACCAGCUUUGACUAAGUAAAAAAGCCAUUUGGAGCCUGUAGAAAGAAGGGGUGCAGAGGGUGUGGGAAAUGCUGCUUGGGCUUAAGCCAAACUCUUCCCUACCUCUCCCUGCGCCUCUCCCUGGCCAAAUGGGGACACGAGGCUUUGAGCAAGACCCAGCUGUUCUGAUGGCGCCCAGACUAGAUCGUUGUAGCUAGAAGUAAGGCUGCUUAGUUGUCUACCUCGCAGCGGUCGGGAAACAGCAAGGCCAACCCCCUGCUCCCGCAGACUUCCCAGAGAGAUGUGUUGGAACCUGUUCCACCAUACUGGAAACCCGCAGCCAGACCAAGGAUGAUAAAAGGCACUAGAAAAAAAUGAUCUGACGGGUGCCUGGGUGGCUCAGUCGGUUAAGCAUCCGACUCUUGAUGGGGCGCUCAGUCGUUAAG